UUGAACAGUAGCGUGCACCGUGCUCCCUCCUCUUCUCCCUACGGUCUCACGCUAAGACCACUGCCUGCGCUGACAACCAGCAGCUCCUACGAGCUACGACAGGGACGUGGCCGUCCACCCACCAGAACCACCUCCUGGCCAGAUAUGUUUAGUCAGAUAGCUCGUAUUACUGAUCACCUCUACCUCAGUGGACUGCAGGCCCUGAGCCCUGAGCGGCUCCGGCAGUAUGGGAUAACGCAGGUCAUCACUGCGAUGAUAGAUCCGCCACCCAGCAGUCUGCUUUCCAGCGUGAAUUCACACAUCCAGAUCAGCGUGGAGGAUGCGGAGACCUCGAAUCUGCGGAUUUAUUUUGAUUCGGUGGGGGAGAGGAUAGCUGCGGAGAAGAAGCGGGGUGGGAAAACCCUGGUCCACUGCAUGGCCGGUAUCUCACGCUCGGCCUCUCUGGUCCUCGCCUAUCUUAUACGUCACCAGAAUAUGAGUCUGGCGGAUGCCUACGAUUUGGUGCGGGGAGUUCGACCUUUCAUUCAACCAAAUGCCGGCUUCUGGCGGCAACUCAUUUCGUACGAGGAGAUGGUGAGGGGCACACGGUCCAUGCGGAUCCUCUCGGAUGCUACCAGCCAGCUGACUGUGCCGGCAGUGGGCCUGCGGAAUGGAUACUCCUCACGCUACGGCCGGUCGCCGUCGACCUCGACGUAUGCGCACGAGAAACCGCGGGCCUCCUCACGCUAUACGGCCGGUGCCUAUAGCGGCAUCUACGAAGAAAACCGGCGACUUGCCGGUCUCUACGGACGAUACUAG